AUGGAUCUAAUUAUCUGCGUUUUGGGGCUGCUGGCGCUGGUCGUGGAGGGCAUCCUUUGCCAAGGAGUGUACGCACCUCCGACCGUACGCAUCAUCCACUCAGGGCAUGCCUGUAACGUGGAGGAGGAGAGGCACACGGAGAGAGUCUACACCAUCAGAGAGAGAGAGACCCUGGAGCUCACCUGUCUGGUGACGGGGCAUCCGAGACCACAGAUCCGAUGGACCAAGACAGCAGGCAGCGUGUCGGACCGCUUCCAGGACUCCAGUGUGUUCAACGAGACGUUGCACAUCGCAAAGAUCCAGAGGACCCAGGGAGGUCGCUACUACUGUAAGGCUGAGAACGGCCUCGGAUCCCCGGCCAUCAAGUCCAUCAGGGUGGAUGUCUACUACCUUGAUGACCCGGUGGUGACGGUGCACCAGAGUAUAGGAGAAGCUAAGGAGCAGUUCUACUACGAGAGGACGGUGUUUCUACGCUGCGUGGCCAAUUCCAACCCGCCCGUCCGCUACAGCUGGCACCGUGGGAGGGAGGUCCUGACGCAGGGCUCGGACAAGGGAGUGGAGAUCUACGAGCCGUUUUUCACUCAGCUGCAGGGGGAAACGAAGAUUUUGAAGCUGAAGAACCUGCGACCUCAGGACUACGCCAACUACAGCUGCGUCGCCUCCGUCAGAAAUGUGUGUGGGAUCCCCGACCGCAGUGUGAUCUUCAGACUCACCAAUAAGACAGCCUCGCCGUCCAUCAAGCUGCUGGUGGAGGAUCCCAUCGUGGUUAAUCCUGGCCAGACGGUGUCCUUGGUGUGCAUCACCACAGGUGGAGAGCCGCCCCCCAUUCUCACCUGGAUCAGCAGUAAUGACAGCCUGCCGCAAAGGAGCGUGGUGAAGGGGGGCACGCUCACUCUCCCAGCCAUCUCCUCAGACGAGGCGGGGGUCUACAGCUGCGUGGCCAGCAACAACGUGGGAAACCCGGCCAAGAAGUCCACCACCAUUGUGGUGCGAGCUCUGAAAAAGGGUCGAUUCUGGAUCACUCCGGACCCCUACCACAAUGACGACAACAUCCAGAUCGGACGUGAAGUCAAGAUAUCUUGUCAGGUGGAGGCGACCCCACCAGAGGAGCUGACUUUCAGCUGGCUGAAAAAUGGCCGAGCCCUGCGGAGCUCAGAGCGGAUGGUCAUCACCCAGACGGACCCCGACAUCUCCCCCGGGACCACCAACCUGGACAUCAUAGACCUCAAGUUCACCGACUUCGGCACCUACACCUGCGUGGCGGCGCUGAAGGGUGGGGGCAUCCCUGAGAUCAGCAUCGACGUCAACAUCUCGUCCACAACUGUCCCUCCUCUGUUUUUCUCUUUCUUAGUUCCCCCAAACCUGACAGUCCCCCGGGGCAAGUCCCCUCUGGUGGCCCGCGAGGGUGACACAGUGGAGCUGGAGUGCCUUGUUUCAGGGAAGCCCAAGCCCAUCAUCCUGUGGUCGCGGGCCGAUAAAGAGGCGCCCAUGCCGGACGGCAGCAUGCAGAUGGAGAGCUACGACGGUGUGCUUCGUAUUGUUAAUGUCUCCAGGGAGAUGACGGGCUCGUACCGCUGCCAGACCAGCCAGUAUAACGGGUUCAACGUGAAGCCCCGGGAGGCCGUGGUGGAGCUGAUCGUACAAUACCCUCCGACGGUGGAGCCGGUUUACAUGGAGAUGCGUCAGGGCCUCGGGCGGCCCGUGGUGAUGACCUGCAGGGUGCUGCGGGCCCACCCUUCCCGUGUGCUGCGAUUCGAGUGGCUUCUGUCAAACCGGCUGCUCCACGCUGGAGCCUUUGACGCCCAAAGAGACGAGACGGAGUACACCAUCCGCAGUCUGAAUCGAGACGGGUGGGGGGAGUACACCUGCAAUGUCAUCAACGAGGCGGGAGCCGGAAAAUGCACCUUCCAGGUUACAGGCAAGGCCUACCCUCCAGAGUUCUACUACGAUACCUACAGCCCUCUGUGGCAGAACAGGCCCAGAGUCUACGGCUUCAAGCUCCAGUGGACCCAGAUGAACCCCAACGCUGUGGACCGCAUCGUCGCCUACAGACUCGGCAUCAGACAGAUGGGGUUGCAGCGCUGGUGGGAGCAGGAGAUCCCUGUGGAUGGAACGAUCAACAAAGGAGAGCUCAUGACACACAACCUCACUGAGCUCAUAAAGCCCGAGUCCUACGAGGUGCGCCUCACUCCCAUCACACGUUUCGGAGAGGGCGACUCCACCAUCAGGAUCGUCACGUACAGCGCGCCCAUCAACCCUCACCUGAGAGAGUUCCACUGCAGCUUUGAGGAGGAGCCGAUCUGCAUGUUCACCCAGGACAAGAAUGAUGAUUUUGAUUGGACGCGACACAGUGCCGCUACCCGCGAUACCAAGUACACGCCCAACACCGGACCCAGUGGCGACCGCACUGAUUCUAAGCAGGGUUUCUACAUGUACAUUGAGACGUCAAGACCAAGGAAGGAAGGCGACCAGGCACGGCUCAUAAGUCCGUUUUUCAACGUAGCCCCUAAAAACCCUUACGGUAUCACCAACCCACCGGCCUACUGCUUCGGCUUCUUCUACCACAUGUAUGGAAAACACAUAGGAACGCUAAACGCCCUUCUAAAACAGAAGGGCCAAACGACCUCCGAGGGUCCCGUGUGGUCGCUAAACGGUAACCAAGGUGACCGCUGGAAGCAGGCGAAAGUUAGCAUCCAUCCGACGGCAUCCUUCCAGGUGGUAAUCGAAGGUAUCCGAGGACCGGGCAUCGAGGGAGACAUCGCCAUUGAUGAUGUCACGCUGGAGGAAGGGGAGUGUCGAGACCCUCCGCCCAAUCUCAGCGCUAAGGCUCCGUCCACGUCCUCCCAUAUAUGGCUGCUAUGCAUCACCUUGGUGAUGACCCUCCUGGAAGGUCAGAGGUGA